CGAUAUCACACCCCGCCUCGAUCACGAUCGUGUUCUGAAUCUGAUGAUGAUGAGAGCAGUGAGACCCCUCCUCACUGGAAAGAGGAAAUGCAGAGAUUACGAACAUACAGACCACCGAGUGGAGAAAAGUGGAGUAAAGGCGAUAAGUUGAGUGAUCCAUGCACAAGCAGAUGGGAUGAAAGAAGUGCAUCCCGGAGAUCAAGAUCUUGGUCACACAACGGUUAUUCUGAUGUAAGCACGGUGAGAUAUUCCAGCCAUCACAAAAAGCACAGAAAAGAGAAAAAGAAGGUGAAACAUAAAAAGAAAUCUAAAAAGCAGAAGCAUUUCAAGAAGCACAAGCAAACAAAAAAAAAGAAAACAUCAGCCUCAUCAGAUGUAGAAUCCUCUCACUCUUUAAGGACAAAAUCAUCUUGCAAUCGUGAGAGGAAAUCUCGUUCUUCUUCAUUGUCUUCUAGACACUCAUCUAGAAGAGGCUGGUCCAAAUCUGAUAAGGAGGACCAGAGUUCGUCGACUUUAUCAAGCAGAGGGACUCGAUCAUACUACAGGUCAAGGUCCAGAUCCAGAUCUAGGUCAAAAUCAAGAUCUUACUCUCGAAGAAGUUCUAGGUCAAGAUCAGCCUCUAAAUCAUCACACUCUCGAAGUAGGUCAAGUUCUAACCCUAGGCAUCAGAAGACAGUUUCUAGUUCUCCACGAAAUAUUUCAACACGAUUAAAUGAAAGUAAGUUGAACAAGACUGCUGAACCUGUAAGAGCAGUUAUACUCCCGAGUGAUAAAGUUGUCGUACCACCAGUUGUCCCGGAAAACCUCCCUGUUAUACCCUUAAGCGAUAGCCCACCACCUUCAAGGUGGAAACCCGGGCAGAAACCGUGGAAGCCAUCUUACGAGCGAAUUCAGGAGAUGAAAGCUAAAACAACCCAUUUAAUACCCGCACAAACUAAUUACAGUUUAGUAGCUGUUAAAGAGACGAACGCUUCGUCCUCACACCGUAAGCGCCAAAGGAGUUCAGACAGUGACCGAAGCGAUUAUUCCAAAUAUCAUAGUGACAGAAGCUCAGAUAGUUGGCUAAGAUCAAGAAGCAGAUCCUCUCGGAGCAGGUCAUACUCAAGGUCUUCUACGAGAUCUAGAAGUCCAUCUAGCUCUAGGACAAAAUCUCGUUCUUCUGGUAGAUCACCAUCACUGAGUAAAUACCGCAGUGACAGGUCAGGUUAUAGUGAGUCGACAUCUUCUUAUUCCCUUAGUGAUGACGGUAGACACAGAAGCAAAAGAAAAUGUGCACCAAGUGAUCAGAACGCUCCAUCUCUUAAACUGAGGCAAGAAACGAGCUCUGAAAGUACCCUCCCUUAUAAGCAUACAAAAGACUACGAGGAGUCUUCUCAAGGAUUGAAAGAGAGUGACAGCUUAUCAUCUUCAGACUUCUCUACUGAUAGUGAGCGUUCUGCCAAAAUGAAAGUAGUCCAAGGAAAAGAAGGCCAUUUUCAGUUAGGAGGAGACACUCAGGAUAAAAAUAGCUUAAGUUCAGAGAGAGGGGAGGAGAAAUCCAAGCGUGAGCAGGAUUCUGAUCGUGCUAAAAGGAAAGCAGCUAAGGAGAAAUCUUCUGAGGAUCCUAGAGGUGGUGCAAAAACGAAACGCAAAUCCUACUCAGGUAGUAAAUGGGACUCUGAAUCAAAUUCCGAAAGAGGAGAGGCAAGGCAUAACAGGGCAGGUUCCAGACCUGCAUCUAGUAAAGAAGAAGGAGAGGCCACAUCAGGAUCUGAUACAGAGCUUAGUGUUACUAAAAGGAUAAAAAAACAAUCAAAUUCUUCCGAAGGCUUUCUGGAUUCCGAUGGUACAUGGAAGACAAACAAACAGUUGUCGUCUUCUGAAUCUGACAGUUCUUGUUGUAGCUCAACAAACGGUAGAGGAAAGACAAAAAAACACAAACAUGGAUCGAAAAAAACUCUUAAAAAAUCCCAUUCAAAAAAGGCAAAAGAAAAGUCAAAAGGGAAAAAGGAGAAGAAACACAAAGUUCAGAAAAGAAAAGAAAUGUUUCAUUGGCAGCCCCCCCUGGAGUUUGGUGAAGAAGAUGAUGAUGAGAUAAAUGAAAAGCCGGUUACCAAGGAUGACAAAAAAGAAAAGCAACUUACCAGAGACGUAAAAGAUAAACAAGUUUAUGAAAAGGAUGAAACAGUCAAAGAUAAAAUGAGAAACGGUGAAGAGUCUUGUGCGGAGGAAAACCUUUUAGGUAAAACCACUGCAUGUGACGCCUCACCAGGUCACAGUAACCUUAAUAAAGACAGCAUUGAAACAAACGCUUCAACCAGCGUUUUGAACUCGGGAAUAAAUGUGGCUGCUGGCAAGAAGGAGAUGAAACAAGAUGAAGAAACUACCCAGAACAACGAAUUCGAAGAUGUUAUUCAGACAGAUGACAACAUGGAGAUUUGUACUCCGGAUCGUAACUCUCCAGGGAAGGUUGAUGUGGACAUUUUGUCUCCUGUAAUUCUCUCUGCUAAUCCUCAGGCUUUAAGUGAUAGCAUAAACCAAGAGUUACAGGUUGAGACCCCUGAACCAGAUGCUGUCAAACUAGGAAACAAUAUUACAGAUUUCGUUAAUAUUAAAGAAGAAAAAGAAACGGGAAGGCAAGAAAGUAGCUCUGUCCCCACGCCUAGUGCUAAAGACUGUAGUUCAAAAAGUGAAAUCCCUGAAAAUACACAAAGCAACAUGACAGAUAAUAAAUGGAAGCCUUUGCAAGGUGUUGGUAACUUACAACCAGCAACCAUUAGUAUUGCUGCAGAAGUUAAGAACGUAGCUUCAGUACCAGAGCCGAAACCGGCAGGUUUAAGAAUUGAAAUAAAAGCUAAAAACAAAGUCAGGCCUGGGUCCUUGUUUGAUGAAGUCAGAAAAACAGCGCGGCUGAAUCGAAGGCCGAGGAACCAAGAAAGUUCCAGUGAGGAAGAAUCUCCAAGUCGAGAUGACAACAGCCCCUCCAGGAGUCUCAGUAGGUCACGAAGUAAAUCUGAAUCCAAAUCCAGACACAGAACAAGGUCUGUGUCUUACAGUCACUCGAGAAGUCGAUCCCGAAGUUCUACAUAUUCAUCCAGGUCACGAAGCUACACGAGAAGCCGAAGCAGAGGAUGGUACAGUAGAGAUCGGUCAAGAAGCCGAAGUAGUUCUUACCACAGCUACAAGAGUCGUAGUCGAACCUAUAGUAGAAGUAGAUCCAGAAGUAGUUCUUACGGUCAUCACAGUCGAUCCAGUAGGUCGUACACGUACGAUAGCUACUACAGCAGAAGUCGGAGCAGAAGCAAAAGGAGCGACAGCUAUCGAAGAUCCAGAAGUUACGACAGACGAUCCAGAUCUUAUGGCUCUGACAGUGAAAGUGAUCGCAGUUACUCUAACAAUCGAAGUCCCAGUGAAAGCAGCAGAUACAGCUGAAAAUGUUUCUUUGGUGAUGGAAACUAUCUAAUAAUUUUUUCAGUGUUAUGUUAAAAAAAAACCACUGUUUUGACAGUGUCACAAAUGAAGCUGAAGGGUGU